CCGAGCGCCGUCGCGGGGUGCGGGCCCGGGGGUGUGCGCGGCCGCGCGGGAGGAGGACGCGGAGGAGGUCGGGAUGACUGCUUAGAAAACUACACAGCCCACCAGCAUCUGAUGAAAUUAGCGUGUAAGCAAAUCAAAAAUGUCUUACACUCCAGGAAUUGGCGGUGACCCCGCUCAGCUGGCCCAGCGGAUCUCCUCCAACAUCCAGAAGAUCACACAAUGUUCUGUGGAAAUACAGAGGACUCUGAAUCAACUUGGAACACCUCAAGAUUCUCCUGAAUUGAGGCAACAAUUGCAACAGAAGCAGCAGUACACUAACCAGCUUGCCAAAGAAACUGAUAAAUAUAUUAAAGAGUUUGGAUCUCUGCCCACCACCCCCAGUGAACAGCGUCAAAGGAAAAUACAGAAGGAUCGCUUAGUGGCUGAAUUCACAACAUCACUGACAAACUUUCAAAAGGUCCAGAGGCAGGCUGCUGACAAGGAGAAGGAUUUUGUUGCUCGAGUUAGAGCCAGUUCCAGAGUAUCUGGUGGUUUUCCCGAGGACAGCUCAAAAGACAAGAAUCUUGUAUCCUGGGAAAGCCAAACUCAACCUCAAGUGCAGGUGCAGGAUGAAGAAAUUACAGAGGAUGACCUCCGCCUUAUCCAUGAGAGAGAGUCUUCUAUUAGGCAACUGGAAGCUGAUAUUAUGGAUAUUAAUGAAAUAUUUAAAGAUUUGGGAAUGAUGAUUCAUGAGCAAGGAGAUGUGAUAGAUAGCAUAGAAGCCAAUGUCGAAAAUGCAGAGGUGCACGUUCAGCAAGCAAACCAGCAGCUGUCAAGGGCAGCGGAUUAUCAGAAAAAGGAUUCCUGCAUGUUGCUGUGAGACACACAAGCCAUUAAAGAAACACAGAGAUCUACACCUAGUCCAGGAGUGAAGAGUGGAACUAAACCCCAAUCUUUAUAUUUUAAAUGAAUAUUACAUAUUUUUAGCUCUUUGGUUUUUAUUUGUAUGUUGAGGUUUUGAAUGCAGAUUCUGUUAAAGAAUGGGAAUGAUUGGAAAACAGUAAGUUUACUUUAGGAAAAAUUGCCAGGUAUUUAUAAUUGCUGAUAUUUGCAGAAAACUCACUUUGAAAAGCGUUUUUUUGAUUAAAAACUUUAAAAUGUAUAAACUUUUAAACUGUUCUUUGUUUUCAUAUGUAGGUAACAGUCUAUUACUUAUAUCAGUAAUUUUAAUUCUCAGCAUCAUCUUUUUUAAGCCAACUACACCCUUAGAAAAAGUUAAUUUAGUUAAAAAAAAGUUAGUUAAAAAAAUGUUUUUGAAAGAGUAGUGCCAUAAGAAUUGAUAUUUUUGAGAAGCAAGAAAUACAUUGAAAAAGUUGAGGACAUCAAAAAUUUAAGAAUAGAAUUAUUAUAUGAUCUAGAAAUCCCACUUUUGGACAUUGAAACCAGGUUCUAGGAUAGGUAUUGGCAUACCAUUUUUCAUGGCAGAAUUAUUGAAAAUAAUUAAAAGGUGGAAGCAGCCCAAUUAUCCAUCAACAGAUAAGUGGAUAAACUAAAUGUAGUAUAUACAGACAAUGGAGUAUUUUCAGUCUUGAAAGGGAAGAAAAUUGUGACACAGGCUAGAACAUGGAAGAACCUUGAGGACAUUAUGCUAAAUGAAAUAAGCCAGUCACCAAAAAAAGACAAAUACAGUAUGAGUCCACUUAUGUAAGGUACAUAGAGCAGUCAAAUUCAUGGAAACAAAGUGGAAUGGUAGUUCCCAUGGAUUAGGGUAGGAGGGAAAUCAAAGAAUCAGGAGUUGUUUUAUGGGUAUAGAGUGUCAGAUUUAUAAGAUGAAAGGGUUUUGAAAAUCAGUUGCAUAAUAAUUGAAUAUAUCCAACACUAAUGAACUGCACACCUGAAAGGAUUAAGGUGGUAAAUUUUAUGUUGCAUGUGUUGCAUGUGUUUUAGCACAAUUAAAAAUAAAAUUAUAAAAAAAAAAGUUGAGGACAAUAAAUGACUUGAUUUUACUCUCAAAAUUUACUGAAGUAUUUUCAGUUGCUAUAGAGAUGCUCCACUACAUCUGUAAAUAUGUUUUUGUUUUUGCAU